CGCCGCCGAGACGAUGCAUAGACAGGCACCGAAAUAUGUAAAUAGAAAUACAAGAGAAGGUAAGCUGAGCGGAAUGGCGUAGUGUAGACCAGGGUCUAUUUAGUUCCCCGCCCAAUGGGCGAAAGGGGCAGCACGGAUGUUCGAUGGUGACGGCUCCAUAGCUGAGCUUCAGCCCUGAAUGGAUUGGCGGACGAACGACGAGGCUCCCAGCCAGCCUCGUAUUUAUAUGUAUGGGAAGGGCCUGGACGACGACAUGCGGUCUCCUUUCUCACUUUAUUUUUAUCGCCGAGUGCUGCUGCUGGCGCGACCAAUUUAACCGCAUCUCAGCUGCAUCCUGCUGAAAGCCAUUGCAGCUUCUUUAAUCAUUCUCAACCCUGACGGCAGGCAACGGCAGCUAUGGCGGAUCAAGACGUUAGCGCGCUGACGCUCCUGAAAACCCUCACGGUUGGCAAGGGCCAAACUAUGGAAAUCUAUGUGGACGAGUCGCAGCCAGAAGACUCCAUCUACCGGUACACCAUGGACACCAUUAGCACUGGCGAAGAGGACCUGGUGAUUCCCCCGCACUGGCAUAAGCAUCACCAAGAGCACUUUAGCGUUUUGCAAGGAAAGCUCGAGGUUACUGUCAAUGGCAAAAUGUCCAUUUUGAAUGUCGGCGACGAGCCCAUGAUUUUGGAGCGCGGCGCCGUGCACAGCAUGAAGGCGUACAAAGGGGAACCAGUCAUCUUUCGCGAGCGUCCCGAUCCGCCCGGCAUUUACAAAGCGAUAUUCUUCAACGACAUGUUCGCCAAGGGCGGCUUUCCCGGCGUUCUGCAUGCACUGCGCGCCUUUUACGAUGGCGACGGGUAUAUGGCGCUGCCCUUUGGGUCGAGACUCCUGGAUGAAAUUGUAAGUUUAUUGCCUAAGGGUUGUCGUGCAGGCGUGUAUGCAUGCAUGCAUAUUCCGUAUUUUUUUUUUUUGGAUUGAUGAGCUGGCUGACACGUGUGGUGGUUGGCUGGGUACAGUUUAUUUCGCUCUUUGGCGGCAUGGCCCAUUUGUUUGUCGAGAAAAGGGCCGAAGAGCUGUAAGUUCCUCGUCUAGGUGUUGAUUUUGGUUGGAUGGUAGCGUUGUGUUAGUAGGCUUGGUUCCUACAGAAUGAUCUUUGGUUUCGUUGUUCAUGUCGACCAAUUGCUGUCGUAGAAUGGGUUCCCAACAACAGUAAUUAAGCUGGAACAUCUAUUAAUCCAUAUCUGGUUUGACUUAUCCUUUCUUUACUUUUUAAUUUUUCG